UUCUCUCUCCAUCUCUCUCUUUCAAAUGCUUUUUUAGUCUCUCUCUCUCUCUAGACAAACAAGCACUGUGUUCUUCGUUCUUUGUAAUAUAGUGUUGGAUUUCUUGGGAAAGAUUUCUUGAAAACUUAAGAGGCGUUUUGUGUACUCUCUGUAUUCGUUGUGGGAUUUUGUUUUGUUUCGUGUUGUUUCACGGUGAUUUUUGUUAGGGUUUCGAAUGGUGCGAGGAGACUGAGGUCGAAUUGACUGAUUUUGUUGUUGAAAAAGAUCCAACAGAGUGAGGAAAAUUGAAGAUGGCGUCUACAGAUGUUGAGCUAGAGCAACAGCUUAAGGAGGCAGGGAAACAGCUCUCACAUCCCCCUGAUUCCGUCGAUGAACUUCUUCCUGUUCUUGAUCAAGUAGAGAAACUUUUAUCAAAGGUGGACCAGUCUCCAAAAAAAUCGAUGCUAGAUGCACUCAAACCAUCAAUGAAGGCGUUGAUUCAGGAUGGUCUUUCAAGACAUUCAGAUGUCGAUGUGAAGGUUGCAGUUGCGUCCUGCAUCAGUGAAAUAACGAGAAUUACAGCGCCUGACGCACCAUACACUGAUGACCAAAUGAGGGAUGUCUUUCAGUUGAUUGUUUCUUCCUUUGAGCAUUUAGCUGAUCGGUCCAGCCGAUCUUAUGAGAAGAGGGCCUCAAUUCUUGAAACUGUUUCCAAAGUUAGAUCAUGUGUGAUCAUGCUUGAUCUUGAAUGUGAUGGGCUGAUUGUGGAGAUGUUUGAGCAUUUUCUAAAAUCAGUAAGGGACUAUCAUCUUGACUCUGUAUACUCAUCAAUGGAAAAUAUAAUGGUCUUGGUUUUCGAAGAAAGUGAAGAAAUUUCAGUUGAGAUGCUCAAACCAGUACUGGCUAGCGUUAAAAAACAGAGUGAGGGAGUUUUGCCAGUAGCUCGAAGGUUGGGAGAAGGAGUACUUCUGAAGUCUGCAGCUAAGCUAAGGCCUUAUUUGAUGCCAGCUCUGAUAUCUCUGGGCGAUACAGUAGAUAAUUACAGUCAAGUUGUGGCUUCAGUAUGUGAAGGGACAACAGCUACAUUUGAGCAUAAUGAUGAGAAUGCUUCAGGGCCACAGCUGGCCAUUGAGAGCAAAUUGGCAAAGGGAUCCAUAGACGAGGCACAACAGGCUGAUGAGAGCAAGCUUACAACAGCAUCAUCGGAUCACACAGACCAGGUGGUCAAGGAAGGGACUUCUCCUGAAGAGGUCGAUCCUACUUUGGACAGAUCUCCAAAGUCAGUUAUGAGUAAUGGUGUAAAUGUGAUGGGAAAUGAUGAAGCUUCAGUUGAUCAGGAGUCGUCAAAGAAGCCAGAGGAAGAAAUAAAUGAACAGCAUCUUAAUUUGACUAGUAAGGAAGACACUGAUGAUUCAGAUGCUGAAAAGUUGGCAAAGGUAGAAUCAAAGCCAGAACAGACUGCCAAAAAGAGGGGAAAGAAAGUUGAUACAGUAAUAAAUUCAGCGGAGCCCUCUGAUUCUUCUCAUGUUGAAGGUGAGAAGGAAACAGAAAAACUACCUGAGAGUCAAAGAAGUGGCAGCAAGGAUGUUCGUAGUUCCCCUGUUAAAGAGUCCUCUGUUGAAGCAGUGGUUCCAUCAGAAAUUGAAAAAGAUAGUGAUGUUCAGGUCUCUUCUCCAAAAGCAAUAGAAAGUAAGUCUGCAAAUGUUUCUUCCCCAUCUCAAAGUGGCAGCCUUCCUGAUGAGAGUUGUGUUAAGAAGACUGUCCGGUCUAAAAAGAAACAGGUACCUGAACAAGAUGAAAUUGAAACUGCAAAUGCUGCUUCCCCAUCCAAAAGCGGGAGCCCUCCUGAUGAGAGGCGUUUGAAGAAGGGUGGGCGGUCCAAGAACAAGGGCUCGACUCAGGAGGAAACCCCUACGGUGGAUGCUGCUUCAAUUAAGGCACCUGAAGUAACGAGUGAUUCAGAUAUAAAGCCACAAAGGCGAGCAGGAAAGAAGGCAGUUGUUGCAAAGGAGGUUAAACUCCCAGCUACCAUAGAUGAAUCAGAAGAUGGUGAAGCUACUAGUGAUUCGGAUGCAAAGCCUCUGAGAAAGUCAAGUAAGAAACUGGAUACCGUUAAUUCAGGGUCAAAGUCGACGAAACAAUUGGGUAAGAAAGGGGAUGCAGGAGAUUCAGAGGCAAAGAAGCCCAAGCAGUCUGGUAAGAAGAUGGAUGCAGGGGAAUCAGAUUCAAAGAAGCCAAAACAGACUGGUAAGAAAGUGGAUGCAACAGAGGCAGAAGGUAAGACUUCAAAACAAUCACUCAAGAAAGCGGAUGAGAGUGAUUCAGACACAAAACCACUAAAACACUCUGUUAAGAAGGGCGAGAAAAGCGGGGUAGAAGCUAAACACAACAAAGUUACUGUCGAGGACGAGGAGGAAAGUGAUUCAGAAACCAAACCACUUAAGCUGCCUGCUAAAAAAGGUAAUACAAGCAAUUCUGGUGAUGUUAAAUCUUCUUCAAAGAAGAAGGAUGAUGGAAGAAAACGUGGAAGUGGUAAAAAUGUUACAGAGAAGGAUCCAGCAAAAUCCUUGUGCAUCGACGAUGAGAUGAAUUCUUCUCCAAAGACUGCAGCAAAAUCAACUAAAGGGGAGGGCAACGUAAAGGAUACCCCGGUGAAUAGUUCAAAACGGAAGCGUAGUACAGGCAAAGAUAAAUUUCUCAUUCCUUCUUUUGGUCUUGCUUUAGUUCUGUUGAUAUUUGAGAUAUCUGAUGCUAUAAAAUAUGAUAAAAGCCUUGUUGGUUUGAAGGUCAAAGUUUGGUGGCCUGAAGAUAAAAUGUAUUACGAAGGUCUUAUCGAGUCAUAUGAUUCCGGUAAAAAGAAGCACAAGGUUUCGUAUGUGGAUGGAGACCAGGAGAUAUUGAAUCUGAAAACACAAAAAUGGGAAAUUUUGCAAGAAUUUUCUGUGAGAGAUGAGGAGCAAGCUACUGAAGCCCAAAGUGCAGAAGCUUCCCCUGAAACACACAAGAAGAAGAAAUCAAAAACAGAUCCUGCACCGUCUGCUUCACAAGAGAAGAACAAGGAUUCAGCCAAGAGAGUUGGUGAGGCCUCUUCAUCCGGCAAAACAAAAGGUACGGCUUCAAAAGAUCAUAAAUCCAAGGACAUGAGUGCCGCCAAGUCCACAUCUCAAAAAACCAGCGGCAAGUCCACUGAUGCAGCUGCUUCCAAAGAAUCUGGGAAGUCCAAGGAAGACGAAGAGACACCAAAAGCCAGUAGCAAGACCAAGCAAGAGACUUCAAAAACCGUCAACAAAUCCAAGGGGAAAACCCCUCAAAGUGGCGGCAAAUCCAACACCAAUGGUCCCAGCAAGGCAAAAUCCGGGCAGUCGAAUGUGAAAGAAUCUGAGAAAGCUAACGAUUCUGUGAAAACCCCAGAAAGCACAAAAGGGAAAUUGGCGGAAAGCACAAAGGGGGGUGGGUCAAAGAGCGGAAAGAAACGAAAGAAGAGGAGCUAGAGGUAAAGGGUAAGGUAAGGCAUGGCAUGCAUAUGAUGAUAAUGAUGUGAAACUGUGUUGUGGUCUUUGGUGGGGCUGGCUGGGCAUAUAAGCAGCAGUUAACAGUAGUGUUUUUAAUUAGGGUUUUAAGAAGGUAGUCAGUCAGUGGGUCAGUAAUUUUGAUGUUAUUGUUUGGUAGAAUCAAGUAUUAUUGGGUAUUUGGUAGGAUGAUUGUUAUAAUUAUUAUUAUUAGGUUAGUUAAAUUGUUAUAAAGGAGUUAAGUUAGAUGAUGUGGUACAUUUUCUACUGUUCCUUUUGUUAAUGGUAUUUGGGUUUCGGAUUUGC